GUUUCAAUAAAAAAAAAGAAUCAACUUAUUGUCUAUACUAUAAGUAAAAGGCAUAAAAAUGACAAUUUAAAUUCAGUACAAAGACUAACGAGAUCGUAGUUUCUGGGUUCGAGUCCCUCGUACGGGAGGAAUUCCACACUAGAACGAAACGACCAUCUAGUGUUUCUAAGUUUUCAAUGGUGGUCUAGCUUAGAUUGACUCAUUAAUUCAAUUGUAAAACUACAGUGAUCUCCACAAAUCCCUUUAUUGAUAAUGUCUAAAAUUCUCAGAUCCUAAUUAUGUAGGUUAUAUGAGAUUUUUGUAAAGAAAAAAAAUAACACAGAGACGAACUUUUCUCUUUUUUUUAGGCAGCAUUUAAUAAGCUUAUAACUUAAUGAUGAUAGAAAGAUAUAAGAUUUCAAUCAACUAACUUCUUGAAAAAUCAUAAAGCCAUGAAUAUUCAUUUAUUAAUCUUAAAACGAUAUACAAAAUUUCUAAAUAAAAAAACCUCAUUUACACAAUAAACAAAAAGUUACAAAAGUGUUUCAUUUAACUUCAGGUAAAAAGAAAAAAAAACAUUUGACCUGGAAAAUUACUCAGAAAAAACAAAGUUUCAUUGACCUAUUUUUUAAUAAAACGUGAACAAUGUGAAUAGUUUUUGGUAGUAAGUUUUGAUACUGACUAAAUGAAUAUUACAUUGUCCUGAGAGAGAGAAAAAAAAGAAAAUAAAGAGUUGAUCCACUUAAGUAAUUUGUUCGUUAAUAUUAAAAAAAAUUAUUGAUUUAAAUAGUAUGACGCUUCAGGCACCCAAAAAGCGAGUUUAUAAUACGUUACCAUUCUGAGGCGACACAAAUAGUCUCAUGUUGAAACGGAGACUUAAAUUAGCUAUCAACUGGACAUUUUAUGCAGCCCAACUUGUCAUUAUCGAAAAGAGAAGGUCAGGUCCACCUGAGCUACAAAUCUUCUCCACCAUCUCAAAAGAGAAGGUCUAUGUUUCAACAAAAGCCCAAACAGCACGAAAGCGAUUGUGUCUAUCAAUUUACAUGUAUGUGUGGAAACAUGUACAUAGGGAGGAGCAAUCGUGAUUUGCAAUUAAGGGUGAGUGAACACAUACCGAAAUGUUUGCAGAAACAAAUGGAUUCCAAUAGUCAAAUAAGAUCACAGGAUAGACAGAUAUCAUCCUCCAUUGAGAAACAUUUAAUUGAGACGGAUCAUAAAGUUGACGUCAAAUCAGCAUCUGUAGUGUUAUACAAAAGCCUUCAAGGACGUAUACUAAAGUUUAUUGAAGCCUUGGCUAUACGGAAAUUGAAACCCCCAUAUAUGUGUGAUCAGAUUGUUCGAAAUGUAUUGCGCAAAUAUAUCACAUAAUUCUGAUAAACUUCAUCUUCUCAUUGUAU